AUGUCUAAAUCUACCAUCGCAGUCUUCGGCGCCACGGGCAACCAAGGCAACUCUGUCGCAACCACCAUCCUAACUACCCCUUCCCUCUCCGCCAUGUACAACGUUCGCGCCCUUUCCCGCUCCACCACUUCUUCUAAGAUGUCUGAACUCCAAUCUCUCGGCGCAAAAGUCGUUCAAGCCGACAUGGACGACCCUUCCACCCUCCCCGCCGCCCUGGCAGGCUGCACGCACGUCUUCCUCGUAACAACAACCCAAUACACUGGUUCGACUCGCGAAGUGGAAACCCGUCAGGCAAAAGCGGUAUGCGAAGAAGCUAUCAAGCAAGGCGUCAAGUACAUAAUCUUCAGCUCCAUGUCGCGCCCCUUGAAAAUCUCAGACGGCAAAUUGAAGCACGUGGAGCACUUUGACUGUAAAGCUGAAAUCGAAGAGUACAUUCGCACUUUACCUGUUCAAAGCGCCUUUUUCGCUCCAGCGUCCUUCAUGCAGAAUUUGGAGGGGAGGAUGAGACCUUGUCCGAGCCCAGCAAACGACGGAACGUUUGUGCUGGCGGAUAUGCUACCGGGAAAUACGCCCGUGCCUUUCAUCGACAUCACCGAUACGGGGAAAUGGGUUGCGGCUGUCCUUUCCGAGCCAGACAAAUAUGCGGGCAAGUUCUUCGCUGCGGCUGCGGAUUUGUAUACGCCGGAUGAGAUAGCGGCGGUUAUAAGUAAGGUGACUGGGAAAACGGUUACGCAUGCUCAGCUUCCUGAUGAGGUCAUUAAGGGGUUUUUUCCCGAGGCGUUCAAGGAGCAGUUGUACGAGAUGUGGGUGUUGAACAGGGACUAUGGAUAUUUUGGGAAGGGGCAGAAAGAGGCGGUGCAGUGGGCUAGGGAGCAGGCGAUGGGGAAGAUUACUGAGUUGGAGGCGUUUUUGAGAAAGGUUGAGUUUAAGCUUGAGUGA